ACUGCUGGGUCUGGUUCGAGAGAGAGAGAGAGAAUUUUACUAAUUUCCUGUGAAAGUCAGUGGCCUCAAGGCUCAAACUAAUCAUUUGUAGAGUUCCAUUUUUGCAAAGGAGGUUGUGAAUGUACAGUGGCCAUGUGAGGACUGAAUAGGGGCGAUGUCUCGGUGAUGAUGGAUACGACUUAAGGUGUGGGAAUCUCUUUUUAUUUAUUUUUUUUUACCCCUUUUUGCUUCCCAAAUUCAUGGUAUCCAAUAGUUACAGUCUUGUCUCAUCGCCGCAACUCCCCUACGGACUCGGGAGAGGCGAAGGUCGAGAGCCGCGUGUCCUCUGGAACACAGCCCAACCAAACCGCACUGCUUCUUGACACAAUGUCAGCUUAACCUGGAAGCCAGUUGCACCAAUGUGUCAGAGGAAACACCGUACACCUGGCGACCGUGUCAGCGUGCAUUAAGCCCGGCCCGCCACAGGGGUCGAUAGUGUGCGACGGGACAAGGACACCCCUGCCGGUAAAACCCUCCCCCCUAACCCGGACAAUGCUGGGACAAUGGUGCGCCGCCCCAUGGGUCUCCCGGUCGCAGCCGGCUGCGACAGAGCCUGGACUUGAACCCAGAAUCUCUAGUGGCACAGCUCGGUAUCCAGACGUUUGGAUUGGAGGCACCAUGCCGAACAGUGGAAGAUCUCACAAGUGGAGUUGUCAUGGCCCAGGCCCUACAGAAAAUAGACAUUGUGUAUUUCACUGACAACUGGAUCAGUAGGAUCAAGCCUGAGGUGGGAGAUAACUGGCGGCUAAAGAUCAGUAAUCUAAAGAAGGUGUUGAAAGGUAUACUGGACUACAACCAGGAAGUCCUUCAACAGCAGAUCAAUGACUUCACCCUGCCAGACAUCAACCUGAUAGGAGAACACUCAGACGCUGCAGAGCUGGGCAGGAUGCUGCAACUCAUACUAGGCUGUGCUGUCAACUGUGAGCAGAAACAAGAGAACAUCCAGACCAUAAUGAUGCUGGAGGAAUCUGUUCAACAUGUUGUCAUGACAGCCAUUCAAGAGCUGAUGAGCAAAGAGUGCCCAGUUAUUGGAGGAAAUGAAUCGUACGCUGACAUCGAUAGACAGCUGAAGAAGACCGUGGAGGAUCUGAACGACGCUCUAGUCACGAAGGAGGAGAUCGCACAGAGAUGUCACGAGCUGGACAUGCAGGUGGCAGCGCUACAGGAGGAGAGGGGUAGUCUCCUGGCUGAGAACCAGAUCCUCAUGGAGCGUCUCAACCAGUCUGACUCUAUAGAAGACCUGAACAGCCCUGUAGGACGUAGACACCUGCAGCUGCAGGCACAGCUAGAACAUCUCCAGGAGGAGACAUUCAGAAUGGAGGCAGCGAAGGAUGACUAUCGUAUCCACUGUAGGGAGUUGGAGAAGGAGCUGACAGAGCUGAGAGGACAGAAUGAAGAGCUCACAUCCCUGGCUGAUGAGGCCCAGACACUGAAGGACGAAAUGGAUGUACUCAGACACUCGUCAGACAAGGUGUCCAAGCUGGAGGUCAUGGUGGAGUCGUAUAAGAAGAAGCUGGAGGACCUGGGAGAUCUGAGGAGGCAGGUCAAGCUGUUAGAGGAGAAGAACACUCUGUACAUGCAGAACACUGUCAGUCUGGAGGAAGAAGUACGCAAGGCCAACACCACGAGAGGACAGUUGGAGUCCUACAAGAGACAGGUGGUAGAGCUGCAGAACAAGCUGUCUGAGGAGUCUAAAAAGACAGACAAGAUGGAGUUUGAAUACAAGAGACUCAAGGAGAAGGUGGACUCUCUCCAGAAAGAAAAGGAUCGUAUGAGGUCAGAGAGAGACUCUUUGAAGGAGACCAUUGAGGAGCUGCGUUGUGUUAAGGCUCAGAAGGAACAACUCUCUACAGGCAUGGUUCCACUCGGCAGUAACGAGGGCUCUGAUUCGCUGGCUGAAGAGAUCAUCACCCCAGAGAUCCGAGAGAAGCUGAUCAGACUGCAGCAUGAGAACAACAUGUUGAAGCUGGCCCAGGAGGGUUCUGAUAAUGAGAAGAUCGCUCUGCUGCAGAGUUUACUGGAGGACGCUAACAGUAGGAAGAACGAACUGGAGACAGAAAACAGACUGGUGAACCAGAGACUGAUCGAGGGUCAGAGUCAGGUGGAGGAGCUGCAGAGGAGUCUUCAGGAACAGGGCUCCAAAGCAGAGGAUUCAAUCAUUCUGAAGAAGAAGAACGAUGUACACAUGGAGAAGUUACGGGAAGUGAACAGCGAACUGCAGAAGAAGUGUGCGUACAUUGAUGACUUGGAACCCAAGUACACAUCUAGCUCCCAGAAGGUGGAGGAGCUCGAGGAGGCGUUGAAGAAGAAGGAUGAAGACAUGAAGCAGAUGGAGGACAGAUAUAAGAAGUACCUGGAGAAGGCAAAGAGUGUUAUCCGGACUCUGGACCCCAAGCAGAACCAGGGCUCGGCACCAGAGGUCCAGGCCCUGAGGAACCAGCUGCAGGAGAAGGAGAGGAUGCUGCACUCUCUGGAGAAAGACUACGACAAGACCAAGGCUCAGAGAGACCAGGAGGAGAAACUCAUAGUAUCUGCCUGGUACAACAUGGGCAUGGCUCUCCAGAAGAAGGCAGCAGAGGACCGUCUGGCCAGUACGGGUUCAGGACAGUCCUUCCUGGCUCGCCAGAGACAGGCUACCAGCACGCGCCGCUCCUACCCCGGACACGUACAGCCUACCACCGCCAGGUAGACACGGCACCAUGACCCCUACCUGACCCUGAGCCCUGUCCUGACCCUCCAGGCCAGGUGUACACGGCACCAUGACCCCUACCUGACCCUGAGCCCUGUCCUGACCCUCCGGGCCAGGUAGACACGGCACCAUGACCCCUACCUGACCCUUCACCCUGAGUCCUGACCCUCCAGGCCAGGUAGCCUCGGCAACAACUGACCCCGUCCCCGGAACCCUCCAGUUAUCCACCAGUCAGACAGACGCUGUAACGGGCAUCUGCUCUGCCAAGCAAUCCAGACACCUCAGGAUGGACUUAACCUCUCCUGGAUCGUUCCGCUGUUCUCUGUGCUCUUCAGUCCAGGAUGGAUGAGUUGGUCUACCUGUAUCGUUCCGCUGUUCUCUGUGCUCUUCAGUCCAGGAUGGAUGAGUUGGUCUACCUGGAUCGUUCCGCUGUUCUCUGUGCUCUUCAGUCCAGGAUGGAUGAGUUGGUCUACCUGUAUCGUUCCGCUGUUCUCUGUGCUCUUCAGUCCAGGAUGGAUGAGUUGGUCUACCUGUAUCGUUCCACUGUUCUCUGUGCUCUUCAGUCCAGGAUGGAUGAGUUGGUCUACCUGGAUCGUUCCGCUGUUCUCUGUUCUCUUCAGUCCAGGAUGGAUGAGUUGGUCUACCUGGAUCUUUAACUGACAGUAUUAUUAUUAUUAUGCACAUUUCUCUAAAACAUGUUACCGUUCUGUUACCGUUCUGUUACCGUUCUGUUACCUCCUUCUUUUUUUUUACCUUUAUUUUACUAGGCAAGUCAGUUAAGAACAAAUUCUUAUUUUCAAUGACGGCCUAGGAACAGUGGGUUAACUGCCUGUUCAGGGGAAGAACGACAGAUUUGUACCUUGUCAGCUCGGGGGUUUGAACUUGCAACCUUUCGGUUACUAGUCCAACGCUCUAACCACUAGGCUACGCUGCCGUUCUGUUCUGUUAUCGUUCUGUCAGGAAUCCUCUCUAAUAACAAGUAAUUUCUUUUCUAACACAAUGUUGUGAGCAGAGAUGCAGUUUUCACAAAUUGGUAGCGGAUUGAUGUUUUUUUAAUGGUUCUAAAAUCUGAAGAUAUUUUCGUAUCUUGAUCUGAUGUUUACAGAACGUGAUGUGAUGCUGUGCAGUCAGUGACUGUCAGGACAUGUAUAGUACCAGAGGAGGGAUAUGGUAUGUCUCUGAGUUGGUCUCUUUAGGUGUCCUUUUAUGUGUGUUCAGUAACGCUGUUCGUUCCGUUUGUCCGUGUUAGACGGUCUUGUUGUUGCCUGUAGUGGGAGAUUUGAAAGGUUAGUUGUAUAGGGAGUCCUCUAGCCUGUUGGCAGUGUAUUUAGCUGUACAAGAUAUUCCACAAGUGUCCCUGGGUGUUUUAGACAAGGCCUUUCUUCAUCGUCAUCAUCAUCAUCAGAAAUGUUAACAGUAGAAAGCUUCGUAUUUCUAAUGGACUGGUUUCUAAAAUCUAACCAUUUUUUAAUCGGCUGCAUUAUUAAUGAUUCUGAAAUGAGGCCCUCUUCCCCCCCUGUCGCCUGCUCAUAUCAGCCAGCGGGUCAUUAUUGAUUAUUGGAACCGGCGAUCUACCCAUCAAGAAUCUCUCUCUCUCCCACUGCCUCUCUCUCUCUCCCUUUAGAGAGAGAAAUCCUACAGCGCCCUCUAGUGUCCUCCUGCGUUGUUUCAGGGAAUUCCACAAACCUUCCCUCUUUUGUCCUGUGACCACGUGAGAACAGGUCUGCUGUGUGAACGAAACUGUCCUUCGUUCAUAUUUCAGUGUGUCGUCUGCCAGCUGCUUUCUAAACGGUGGUGUCCAUGUGUUUAGGCAGUGGGCUUACAGUCAGUGGUCGUAUCUGACUGUAUCUAACAGAUGGAUAAUUGUCAUUUUGAAAGUGUCGAAAAAGGAGUUUCUGAAAUUCAAAAAAACGUGAACUCGUAAAAUAACCACUGCUGCCACGAGGACGUGGAUUAUAACAUGUGAAAAUGAUCUUGGGGUUUAACGUGGGGCGAAUUUCCUGUUCUCACUGCGCUACGCCUUUACCUCUCUGACGCGCCGGGUCAUUCCUGAAAAGCAGUUUGACUGUCUAACUCUGAGCGAACCUAAUUAACGUACUGUGCUCCCUCCGUGGUGUCUGUCCAAUGAAAUGAGCAGUAGAUUGCCAGCGGGUUGGACUGUGUUCACGUGACUACCGUUGUGAUUUAGUAGAACGUAGACCGAAUUCAUACUAGGAACGUUAGAAUCUCCUGAUUUUGAUUUUGAAUUUUCAUGCAGUCUGAAUAUCUGUUUAUCAGCCACUGAUGUCAUUGUAAAAAAAAAAGGGGGUUUUGGGUCGAGGGGUGUGUAUCAUGUUUUACAGUGAUAUACGAGACGUUUUAAGGUGAUAUAUAAAAGAGAUCGUUGUUGACGUGUUGUGAAAACUCUGCACCCUCGUUGUUUUGUCUUGAACUUUAAGCUUUUGGACGUGGAAAUGUUUCCUUAACAUUUAAAAAGCAAGAUUUGUAAAAAAAAAAAAAAAGGACAUUUCAUGUUUAAAAAGGGGGCAGGUUUGUCUCUGUACAUUCUCAUCUCUUAUCAUCAUAACAUGGUGUCAGGAGUGAAUCAACCUCAUCAAAUAAUAACGACCAAGUUCAUCUGAUAUAAGACCGGAAAAACAUCGUUAGACUCGACACGAGAGAAUAUCUGACAGAAAAUAAUACUAUUAUGUGAGUUUGGCCGGGUUUUUUUUUGGGGGGGGGGUUGUGACGGAAAAAGAAGCUGAAAGCUCUGUCUCUCUCUCUCAUCAUCCGAGCGGAGCCGUUGCUAUGGAACAGGCAGAGAGCACAUGGAGCAGAAGCAGGACAAUGUAGGGCCCCAGAGGUGAGCAGGGCCCCAGAGGUGCGCAGGGCCCCAGAGGUGAGCAGGGCCCCAGAGGUGAUUGUUUUGGUUAGGGAUCUUUUAAAAUUCACAAUCCCAAUGUUUUGUUUUAACUUUCUCAACUCUACUUCGCUAGUUCAUUAAUCGUUUCAUCUGCUUGUAUCUGCUUCUACCUAUCAUUUUGAAACCUUCAACGUGUUAAACAACUUGACUGCCCUGUCUCUGACUGGUCAUAUUGUCUCUGACUGGUGAUAUUGUCUCUGACUGGUCAUAUUGUCUCUGACUGGUCAUAUUGUCUCUGACUGGUCAUAUUGUCUCUGACUGGUCAUAUUGUCUCUGACUGGUCAUAUUGUCUCUGACUGGUCAUAUUGUCUCUGACUGGUCAUAUUGUCUCUGACUGGUCAUAUUGUCUCUGACUGGUCAUAUUGUCUCUGACUGGUCAUAGUGUCUCUGACUGGUCAUAUUGACUCUGCCCUGUCUCUGACUGGUCAUAUUGUCUCUGACUGGUCAUAUUGUCUCUGACUGGUCAUAUUGUCUCUGACUGGUCAUAUUGUCUCUGACUGUCAUAUUGUCUCUGACUGGUCAUAUUGUCUCUGACUGGUCAUAUUGUCUCUGACUGGUCAUAUUGUCUCUGACUGGUCAUAUUGUCUCUGCCCUGUCUCUGACUGGUCAUAUUGUCUCUGACUGGUCAUAUUGUCUCUGACUGGUCAUAUUGUCUCUGCCCUGUCUCUGACCGGUCAUAUUGUCUCUGACUGGUCAUAUUGUCUCUGCCCUGUCUCUGACUGGUCAUAUUGUCUCUGCCCUGUCUCUGACUGGACAUAUUGUCUCUGCCAUGUCUCUGACUGGUCAUAUUGUCUCUGCCAUGUCUCUGACUGGUCAUAUUGUCUCUGCCCUGUCUCUGACUGGUCAUAUUGUCUCUGACUGGUUAUAUUGUCUCUGACACUACCAGACACAACCGCCUCUAGUGGGGUUGGGGACUGCUAGGAAGUCUCUCUCUCUAAAUGGUAGAGUAGUGGGAGAAGUCCUCUCUCUCUGGUUGUAUUAAAUGAGAGAGGAUAACCUGUCUAACCUUUUAUAAAGCUAGUAGGCUGAUUUGAUAUGAAACACUUUUCCCCAAAAGCCUUUUUGAAGCGAUGUCCUGUGUCAUGUUCAUCAUGCACCAAAAUGGACAGAAACAGGGAGUACUAUUUGCCUUUUUGUGUUGCACAAUGUUUUUGAAACGUAGGUGCCCUAAUGAACACGACCCAGGUGUGGCGCCAGGCGUGGACAGACAGGCAGCAAGUCAACAAGGAUGUUAUGAACGUGUUAAAUGGGCUUUUACCUCAAGUGUAAAACCAGUGUGAGGAAGAGACAGUUUAGGGGCUGUAGGAGUCUACAUGUGUCUCUCUGCUCCUGAAGAGACAGUUUAGGGGCUGUAGGAGUCUACAUGUGUCUCUCUGCUCCUGAAGAGACAGUUUAGGGGCUGUAGGAGUCUACAUGUGUCUCUCUGCUCCUGAAGAGACGGUUUAGGGGCUGUAGGAGUCUACAUGUGUCUCUCUGCUCCUGAAGAGACAGUUUAGGGGCUGUAGGAGUCUACAUGUGUCUCUCUGCUCCUGAAGAGACAGUUUAGGGGCUGUAGGAGUCUACAUGUGUCUCUCUGCUCCUGAAGAGACAGUUUAGGGGCUGUAGGAGUCUACAUGUGUCUCUCUGCUCCCGAAGAGACAGUUUAGGGGCUGUAGGAGUGUAGAUCCUGAUUCUGUUGUCUUUUUUUAAUUAAAGUUUUCACAUAAUAUCAAAAAUAUAUUUGUCUAUCUUAUUAUGCAACUGAUGAACUUUGUAUGACUCUUCUUGUGUGAAAGACUCUGGUCUCCUGACGUGUGUUGAUAUGAUAGGUAGGGCAACGUGUCUCUUAACUGUCUGUCCUGUUUGGUUUUUGCACGUCUCCCGAUAAAUGUAAAACUACCCCACUGCAUCCCAAAUGGAACACUAUACCCUACUUGGUGUACUACUUUAGAUCAGAGCCCUAUGGGCCCUAUAUAGGGAAUAGGGUGCAGUUUGGAACGAAGAGCUAGUUUCAAAACCACUUACCAUUAAUCAUGACAGAGGAGCUCUGGAAAAGUCUCUGGAAAAGUCUCCUAGCCUGGUCCCAGAUCAGUUAGUCUCCUAGCCUGGUCCCAGAUCAGUUAGUCUCCUAGCCUGGUCCCAGAUCAGUCAGUCUCCUAGCCUGGUCCCAGAUCAGUUAGUCUCCUAGCCUGGUCCCAGAUCAGUUAGUCUCCUAGCCUGGUCCCAGAUCAGUUAGUCUCCUAGCCUGGUCCCAGAUCAGUUAGUCUCCUAGCCUGGUCCCAGAUCAGUUAGUCUCCUAGCCUGGUCCCAGAUCAGUCAGUCUCCUAGCCUGGUCCCAGAUCAGUUAGUCUCCUAGCCUGGUCCCAGAUCAGUUAGUCUCCUAGCCUGGUCCCAGAUCAGUUAGUCUCCUAGCCUGGUCCCAGAUCAGUUAGUCUCCUAGCCUGGUCCCAGAUCAGUCAGUCUCCUAGCCUGGUCCCAGAUCAGUUAGUCUCCUAGCCUGGUCCCAGAUCAGUUAGUCUCCUAGCCUGGUCCCAGAUCAGUUAGUCUCCUAGCCUGGUCCCAGAUCAGUUAGUCUCCUAGCCUGGUCCCAGAUCAGUCAGUCUCCUAGCCUGGUCCCAGAUCAGUUAGUCUCCUAGCCUGGUCCCAGAUCAGUUAGUCUCCUAGCCUGGUCCCAGAUCAGUUAGUCUCCUAGCCUGGUCCCAGAUCAGUCAGUCUCCUAGCCUGGUCCCAGAUCAGUUAGUCUCCUAGCCUGGUCCCAGAUCAGUUAGUCUCCUAGCCUGGUCCCAGAUCAGUUAGUCUCCUAGCCUGGUCCCAGAUCAGUCAGUCUCCUAGCCUGGUCCCAGAUCAGUUAGUCUCCUAGCCUGGUCCCAGAUCAGUUAGUCUCCUAGCCUGGUCCCAGAUCAGUUAGUCUCCUAGCCUGGUCCCAGAUCAGUUAGUCUCCUAGCCUGGUCCCAGAUCAGUCAGUCUCCUAGCCUGGUCCCAGAUCAGUUAGUCUCCUAGCCUGGUCCCAGAUCAGUUAGUCUCCUAGCCUGGUCCCAGAUCAGUUAGUCUCCUAGCCUGGUCCCAGAUCAGUUAGUCUCCUAGCCUGGUCCCAGAUCAGUCAGUCUCCUAGCCUGGUCCCAGAUCAGUUAGUCUCCUAGCCUGGUCCCAGAUCAGUUAGUCUCCUAGCCUGGUCCCAGAUCAGUUAGUCUCCUAGCCUGGUCCCAGAUCAGUCAGUCUCCUAGCCUGGUCCCAGAUCAGUUAGUCUCCUAGCCUGGUCCCAGAUCAGUUAGUCUCCUAGCCUGGUCCCAGAUCAGUUAGUCUCCUAGCCUGGUCCCAGAUCAGUUUGUGCUGUCUUGACAUGGAAACCGGAACUAUGGGACAAUAAACAUUUAUUGCCUUGUUAAACCAGACGGAAUCGUUCAAACAUUGGCGAUCAGUGUUCCAGUAUGGUUAAACCAGGCUAUAAUAAACCUCUAGGAGAAGAUAUUAGUUUAAUGAUAAUAAUAAUAAUAGGCUUUUCGGUCAGAAUUUAUCAGCAGGUUUUUUGUUUACUGUAUUUUUAUUCAUAGGAAGAAAACUUGUAUUUUACAUGAACUGAAUUCCCAAAUAACCUGGUCCAUUUUCCAUGUGUUUAUAUUGAUGCUUGGAUACAAUAUGUACAGCACCGUAUGGGAGAAACAAACCGUGAAGGAGGAAGUCCGAGGUUGUUUGAGAAGACAACAUGAUAUUUUAAUCAGAUGGAUUUCACAGUUACCUGUCCUUGUAAAAACUUGUUGAUAUGAUGCAAACAUGUACAGCUGGCGAGGAAGUUGUAAUAAAUAUUGUAUAAAACUAAA